AUGAGUGAGCAAGUUGUGAUCGAUUCGCCGGGGGCGACCCGGCGGCAGCCGUUGCUGGCGGAGAGGAUGAGGAGUGCGGGGGAAGAGGAAAAGCGCGGAAGCGCCGUGAUGAUAGGGGACUUUGCGGGCGGCACGGCGGCGUGCGCGAUGGUGUGCUGCUGCUGCCCUUGCGCCGCCUUGCAUUUCCUCGUCACGGCGGUUUACAAGGUGCCGGCGGGGCUUUUGCGGAAGGCGUGGCGGAAGAAGAAAAAGAAGCGGCUGAUGAGGAAGAAGACGAAGCUGAUGAUGGUGGAAAAUGGGUCCCAGACCGCCAUGGUCGCCGCCGCCGCGGAUGACAGCAACAAAGGACGCUCGUCCGGCACGGCCUGUUACGACGAAUUUGACGACGGCAGCAGUGCGGCCACCGAAGACGGCUUCGAAACGGAGAUGUGGGACCGGUUCCACGAAGGUGGAUUCUGGAGGAGUUCAUUGGACAGAGAGGGCUGA